AAAACAAGAAAAUCCAUGCCAAAACCUUAGUUCCUGGAAGGUAAUGGUUCUCUGACUGCAAUGGAGAAGUAAUUGAGGGGUAAACAUGUCUUUGUGAAAUAUAUGUUCUUUUUAAAUACUUUGUACUAAUACGUGGAAUUAUUAUUUGUUUCUCAUUGGAGAUAUUUAUUCAGCCUCAAUGGCCUUUCAGGAACUCCUGAAUCAGGUAGGAGGCCUAGGGAGAUUCCAGAUCUUUCAGAUGGCUUUUGUUUUCUUCAUCACUGUUAUUGUGACACCUCAUGUUAUAAUGGAGAACUUUACUGCAGCCAUUCCCAGUCAUCGCUGCUGGGUUCCUAUCCUCGACAAUGUCACUGUCUCUGAUAAUGACAGUAGAAUUCUGAACCAAGAUAAACUCCUGAAGAUCUCCAUCCCCUUGGACGCCCACCUGAGACUAGAUAAGUGUCGUCGUUUUGCCCAACCACAGUGGCAUCUUCUUGAUUUGAAUGAUACUUUCUCCAGUGUCACAGAAGCAGACACUGAGCCCUGUGUGGAUGGCUGGGUAUAUGACAGGAGCAACUUUCAUUCUACCACUGUGACUGAGUGGGACCUGGUGUGUGAAUCUCAGGCACUGAAUUCUGUCACUAAAUUUUCAUUUAUGAUUGGUGCAUUUAUAGGAGGUAUUGUAAAUGGCCUUCUGUCAGACAGGUUUGGGAGGAAGUUAAUUUUAAAAUAUGCUUUAUUACAAAUGGCCAUCAUUGAAACCUGUGUAGGUUUUGCUCCCAACUUCUUCAUUUAUUGCUCUCUAAGAUUCCUGGCAGGAAUGUGUGUGGAACCCAUAACAGUAAACAGUAACUUGCUCAUGUUUGAAUGGACAAGCCCUAAAUUCCUAACCAUGGUGACAGUGCUUGGAUCUUGUGCUAAUAGCUUUGGAAGCAUGAUAUUGGCAGGCCUGGCUUUUCAAUUUCGAAACUGGCACUACCUCCAGCUGGCAAUGUCUGUACCAAUUUUCUUCUUCUUUAUACUCACAAGGUGGCUGUCAGAGUCAGCUCGGUGGCUCAUUGUGACCAACAAACCCCAGGAGGGCUUAAAGGAACUAAAAAAAGUUGCACACAUUAAUGGAAUGAAGAAAUCUGGAGACAACCUAACCAUGGAGGUUGUAAGUACAAGUAUGAAGAAGGAACUUGAGGCAGCAAAGACAAAACCUUCUCCAAGAGACUUGUUCCACACACCCAUCCUACGUAAGCAGAUAUGUAUCCUGUCCUUUAUAAGACUUUUAUUUAUACUGUCAGCUGUGGGCGUGGCAAUUCACCUCCAACACCUGAGUAAUAAUAUUAAACUGCUGCAGAUUCUCAUUAGUGUAACAUCCAUACUAUUCAGUGUUAUUGGACAUUUUGUACUUAAUCAUAUCGGCCGUAGAAUAACCCAGAUGGUUAUCAUGUCCCUGAGGGGAAUCUCUAUUUUGACUGCUAUAUUUGCACUUCAAGAAAUGGAGACCCUGCGUUUUACCAUGGCCAUGAUGGCAGAAGGACUUGCUGCUCUAAGUUAUGCUGUUAGUUGUCUACAUGCAAAUGAACUACUUCCGACCACGUUAAGGUACAAAACAUCUAGGAAAGAG